GGCAUCCUAGGGUUAACGAAAAUGUCAUAUUCAUCAGUGUAGUUUUUUGUGAUUAGGGACUUUUGCAUUUUUGAGCUUUUUUCCAUGAUUGAGUGGACUUUUUCCCUCGCAACGGGCAUCAUAGUACUGACACUGACCAUUUGGUAUCUGGUCAGAUAUCUUUUGAUUCACGAUGUAGUGUACAUUCAGGGCAGACCGAGGCACAGUUGGAAAUCCUCUAAACUCUUGGAUAGGGGAUGCUAUUGCUCAGUUUGCGAGAUCCUCCUGGUAUCCACAGGGAGGUUCUGUGAUAACUGUGGCAUUUGUUCCCACCCAGAAUGCAUAAAGAGUGCAGAAAAGCAGUUUAAGUGCAAGGAAAAGCACUCUAAGGAUGACCGUCCGUCAAAGCACAAAUGGACACGGGGGAAUCUUCCCCUGAACUGUACAUGUUCCAUCUGUGGAGUGGAUAUGGACUCAUCCCAUGGGCCUGGACUUCAUGGAUUCCGGUGCUGCUGGUGCCAAAUGUCAGUUCACACUGCCUGUUUCCCACGAAUUAGUGAAGACUGUGAUUUUGGCGAAUUUCGCGAUUUUAUCAUCCCACCGACAAGUAUUGAUGCCGUUCGACGGCGCGGGGUUGCCAAGUUGCUGCUGAAGGGAGUGAAACCAGCUCCUUGGACAACUUGGAAACCUCUUAUUGUGAUUGCCAACAUCAAAUCUGGAAGUAGCCGUGCAGAUGACAUCCUUUCUCUAUUCCGGGGUGUCUUGAAUCCUCUACAGGUGACCGAAAUGUCUCGAGCAGGUCCUCAGGAUGCUCUACAAUGGAUUGUUCGCAUUAGUCCCAAACCUUGUCGCGUUCUCAUAGCUGGUGGUGACGGUACAAUCGGCUGGGUAUUGAAUACUCUCUUCUCAAUGGCCGUUGACCCUUUCCCCGAAAUUUGUAUCCUCCCACUUGGUACAGGAAAUGAUUUAUCACGCGUUCUCAAUUGGGGAGCUGAAGCCCCUGACUCCAUUGAUCCCAUUGACUUCUUGAGACAGAUCCAAAGUGCCGAGGUUACAAAACUUGAUCGAUGGGUGCUGGAAAUAGCAGGAACUACCUCCAGAAUUCCUCUCAAAAGACCCCUGCGUCGGAAUGUCUCCAUGUACAAUUACUUUAGCAUUGGAGUCGAUGCCCAGGUUACUCUGAACUUCCACCGAGCUCGUGAGAGUCAGUUCUACAUGCUCAGCAGUCGCCUCAUCAACAAAAUUCUAUACCUCUGCUUCGGGACACAUCAAGUGGUUCAGCCUGAUUGCGUGGGUUUGGAGAAAGUCAUUGAACUCUGGCUGGAUGACAAGAAAAUCGAUUUGCCAGAGCUUCAGUCAGUUGUCUUUCUCAACAUUGAUUCAUGGGGAGCUGGAGUAAAACUCUGGGAAAUGGGCCGUGAUGACGACUCCACAGCCAGAAGUAGCUUCUGCGAUGGAAUUAUCGAGGUUUUGGGAAUUGUGUCAUCUUUCCACAUUGCCCAGCUACAGGUUGGACUAAAUAAACCCAUCAGACUUGGUCAGGCCCAUAGUGCCCGCCUUAGAAUCUCAAGGGCAUGCCCUGUGCAAGUUGAUGGAGAACCAUGGGUUCAGACACCUUGUGAGAUUUCCAUUCAGUGCACUGGACAAGCUACUGUUCUAAAAAGAAAGUGAACUUAUAUGCGCCAGUAGAGCAUUUAUGGCUACAUACUUAUUGAAAAAAUGUGAUCUUAUUUUGGAAUAAUCUCCACUUUGCGAAUUUUAUUUGUAGGUAUUUAUUCGGUGUUGUCUAUAUGUGUAAUAUAUAAUAUAUUGGUUUAGCAAACAAUAAAGUGAAUAGAAAACUA